AUGAUAUCAAGAAUAUUUGUGCGCGAGGGCAUGAACACAUUGGAGCCCUUAAAACGUAGCCCAAUACAACGAGGUCUUGUGAAAAUGGGCAAAGAAUCGGAAAAAUCCAGGAAAGUAGCCAAUCUCAAAUGGUACUGGUUCGGCAAGUACAUAAAUUACAUCAAGAACUAUGAACAUACACUGGAACGUAAGUUCCCGCGUACGAUGCAAAUGUAUCGUGUGUUCAGUGUCGGCACCAGAGAUGUGUAUACAAACCUAAAAAGUUUUGUCAUUGCGAUAAAGAAACAGAAAUCACAUGGCGUAAAUAGUUUAACACGGGAGCAGCUGCAGCUGAUGCACACAAUGCCGAGGGAUCUGCGAAAGCUCUUGCCGUUGUUCUUGCUGUCGGCUGCACCAUUUACGAAUUACAUUAUUUUUCCUCUAGCCCUGUAUUUUCCACGUUACUUAUUGACGUCGCAUUACUGGACGCUGCAACAGAAGCUAGAAUUCAUGCUGUCUGAUCACAAGGCCAGGUUGAAGCAUAACAGACCAUUGUUCAGAUGCAUGCAGGCGGAGCUCAAGAGCAUCAAGGAUGAAACACUCAGGAUAAAAUGGCGAGACAUUAUAGCUUGCUUAGGAAGUGGUACACAUCCAACCACUAAGCAUAUCAUAGCUUGUUCCAAGCUUUUUUCAGGCCCACCAUAUUCUCUCAAUAAUCUCAAAAGGAAACACUUGGUUAGUCCAUAA